AGAUGAUUACAUGGCGCUUCCUGUUCGACAUCUGCUAGCCAUCAUUGAUAAUCCGAAUAAGAACUGCACUCCACCUGCCAUUCUUGAAUUUCCUUCGGAUGGUCUCACAAGAUUUCAGAGACAGCAUGGUUUUAUUUUAAUUCAUUGCUUGCUGGCGGUGUACUGCUUCCUCCUGCUCGGCACUGUCUGUGAACAAUAUUUCGUGCCGGCGAUCGAGAUUAUCUGUGAACGCUUGAAUAUGGAAGCCGAUAUUGCUGGUGCGACGUUCAUGGCUGCUGCCAGUUCUAGUCCAGAAUUAUUUAUCAAUUGCAUUGGAACUUUUGUCACCGAAGGGGAUCUGGGUGUUGGCGCCAUUGUCGGUUCUGCUGUGUUUAAUGUCCUAGCAGUACCUGCGUGUUGCGCUCUUGUUGCGGGAAGGGUAAUAGAGUUGGACUGGUGGUCGGUAUCUCGGGACUGUAUGAUGUACGCAGUUGCUGUGGUGGCCCUGAUCUUAACGCUUCUAGAUGAUAAAGUAUAUUGGCACGAGGCUCUCCUGCUGGUGCUUAUGUACACAUUUUAUAUCCUAGCUAUGGUGUAUAAUGGCCGUCUUGGAGAUUUUGCUAAAAGUGGUUGUUGUUAUAUCAAUAAGAAGAAGAAAACAUAUACCGAAAUAUCUCCUCUACUUAUCAAGGAUAAAAAAAAUCCUUUAGAAGCGUCGCAUCAAAUACUCCACUCAAACCAAAACGUCAAUGACAUUGAACAGGGGAUAGUGAUUACGAAGAGGCACAAUUCAACUGAUUCUGAGUGCAGUACAAGUUCCGUAUGGUCAUGGCCGGAUGAGAAGUCAUCAAUAAUGCAAAAGUUCUUCUGGAUCAUCACUUGGCCUAUGGGCUUGCUGUUAUGGGCCACGAUACCAGACUGUAGGAAGCACCAACGGCUGUACCCCCUUACAUUCGUGAUGUGCGUCACGUGGAUAGCUGGUGUCUCCUACCUUGUAGCUUGGAUCAUAACUAUAGUUGGUGAUACCCUCAACGUACCUGACAGCAUUACAGGCUUGACUAUAUUAGCAGCUGGAACCAGUUUACCCGAAGCCGUUUCCAGCGUUCUUGUAACAAAUCAAGGUCAUGGUACAAUGGGUAUUAGUAAUUCAAUAGGAUCUAAUACAUUCGACAUUCUACUAUGCUUAGGAUUGCCGUGGCUUAUCAAGUCCUUAUUCUAUCCUUCGUAUCCUGAUAACCAUUGGGUUAAAAUCAACUCGAGUGGCUUGUCCUACAGUGCUGUCUCCCUUCUCUCCACGUUAAUUGCGCUAUACGGGUCUCUAGCUUUAAAUAAAUUUCAGCUGGAUUGGAAAGUUGGGCUGACAUGUGCGUUAGUUUACGCAGGAUUUCUUUCAAUGGCUGCGCUUAUUGAGCUUAAUAUACUAUUUGUUGUGAAUUUACCAACCUGUCCUCAUUUAUAAAUAUCGAAUAAAAUAUUAAGCAACUU